UAUAAUUUAGCCACUAAGUAGGACAUUUUAACACAAAAUUAAAAAUGGCAAAAAUGGUUGGAAACAGAGUAACAGAGAUGGUCAGAAUAGGCCAAGUUAUAAAAAAGAAUGCGAGGGGCGAUUUAAAUCUGGUCAAAGUUCGCGCUCAGAACAUGAAAAUCGAUAGGCGACUUAUGAUGUAUUUUCCAUCGAAGAAAGACCGAUGGUGUCUUGAUGAAAAUAACUCUACAAAAGUUGGUGACAUUGUGGUAAUGCGUCAUUUGGAGCGUCCUGUGGCAAGAGAAGUGUUUACAAAAAUUGGUGAAAUCAUGUUUCAAGUAGGAAAUGUAAGAGACCCCCUGACAGGCCGGCUUUGCCGGGGAACUGAAUAUGUGGAUGAGACUUCACGAUUUCAAGAACAGACACGCAGGGGAAGUUCAGAGAGUGUAGAUAAUAAAAAAAAAAGUGAAAAUAAAGAAACAUAGCAUGAAAUGUCUUUUAUAUUGAAAAACUGUGUGACAAGUUCAGUAAUGAUGUGUGUAUGAGUGUUAUUUCAGUAUAUUUUUUGUGUUAAUGUAAUUGAUGUGGCAGUAUAUAUUUUAAAGAUGCCUCUUGCCAUUUAAUUUGCAAGACCUGAAUCAUUUAUUAUGUGACUUUAUAAGUGAUAAAAUAAAACUACCAUGUACCUACUCA